AUGGGUAUUUCUCGCGACUCCCGCCACAAGCGCUCGGCUACCGGUGCGAAGAGGGCCACCUACCGCAAGAAGAGGGCGUUCGAGAAGGGUCGCCAGCCCUCCAACACCCGUAUCGGCGCUAAGAGAAUCCACCUGGUCCGCACCCGUGGUGGUAACCGCAAGUUCCGUGCCCUUCGUCUCGACUCGGGCAACUUCUCCUGGGGUUCCGAGGGAAUCUCCCGCAAGACCCGUGUCAUCGUUGUGGCCUACCAUCCCUCUAACAACGAGUUGGUCCGUACCAACACCCUGACCAAGUCGGCCGUCGUCCAGAUUGAUGCUGCUCCUUUUCGUCAAUGGUACGAGGCCCACUACGGCCAGCCCCUCGGCCGUAGACGCCAGCAGAAGACCGAGGCUACCGAGGAGAAGAAGAGCAACAGCGUUGUGAAGAAGCAGGCUGAGCGCUUCGCCGACCACGGCAAGGUCGAGUCUGCCAUCGAGAGACAGUUCGAGGCCGGUCGUCUCUACGCCGUCAUCGCUUCCCGCCCUGGCCAGAGCGGUCGUGUUGAUGGUUACAUCCUGGAGGGUGAGGAGCUCGCUUUCUACCAGCGUGCUAUCAGGAAAAUGGCCAACCCAACCACCAAAACCCGCAUCUGCCUCAUCUCCGACACCCACACCAUAACCCCCAACCCACCCCCAAACACCACAAAUCCCUACCGCCACCCCCUCCCCAGCGCCCACAUCCUCCUCCACGCUGGCGAUAUAACCAAAGUAGGACUAAAAGCCGAGCACGAAGUGAUCCUCGCCAUGCUCAAGGACGCCCCCGCCGCACUCAAGAUCGUUGUAGCCGGGAACCACGACAUCACGCUGGAUGAGGAGUACUACACGAGGAUCGGGCACUACCGACACCGGUACCGAACCGACCACACCGCGGUGUCCGCGACAGCCGAGGAGAAAACGGCAGGGGGCAAGGAGGGGCCGGUAGAGUCAGUGCGGGCGAUCAAGGCGCUGUGGACGAGCGAGGAGGCCAUGGCGGCCGGGAUCCGGUACGUGGAAGAAGGGGUGCAGACGUUUACGCUGAGCAAUGGGGCGCGGUUCACGGUGUAUGCGUCGCCGUAUACGCCGGAAUUCUGUCAGUGGGCGUUUGCGUAUGAUCGGGAUACGGACCGGUUCAACCCCCCGCGAGAGGGGGCGCAGUUUGUGCCGGGUCGGCCGGUGCCGGAUUAUCCCGGGGUUGAUAUUAUGUUGACGCAUGGGCCGCCGUAUGGGAUUUUGGAUCAGGUGGUAGGGUCGCAUGCUAGUGUGGGAUGUGAGCACUUGUUUCGGGCGGCGGAGAGGGCGAGGCCGCGGUUGCAUGUUUUUGGGCAUAUACACGAAGGGUAUGGGGCGACGAGGUUGGAGUGGAGUACGCGGAAUCAGUCCAUGAUUCAGUGUGAUAAGGAGACGAUGCUUGAAGACCGGUGUGCGUAUGUUGAUAUCAGUGGGGAGUCGAAGAGUCCGCUGAGGAUAGGCGACGAGACGCUGUUUGUCAAUGCGAGUGUGGUCACCGUUCAGUAUCAAGCUUUGAACGCACCAUGGCUGGUGGAUCUGGAGCUUCCUUUGGAGCAAUAA